UAAAAGAUAAAACAUAUUAAAUCAUUGGACACAAAGUGGAUUAUAGUUUGUCUAGGCCGGAAAUUUCUAAACAACAACAAAUCAUUACCCAUUCUCAAUUCAAUGGUUGUUUCAAAAUUUUAAACAUUAAAGGCAAUAUUUAUAGACACGAGAAAACUGUAUGAGACUUAAUUAACAAGCUUUUAAUAAUUUCUUCAGAAGUUAAUAGCUAAGCAAAAGAAACGGAUUAAAGCAAAGGAUAAAUAAAAAUAUGGCUUCGCCCGGGUUCGAACCGGAGACCUUCAGUGUGUUAGACUGACGUGAUAACCAACUACACCACGAAACCUUGUUACCAAUUUUCACCCUACGUUUUAAAUAACCGCUUAUAGUAUCAACUUCCGACAUUACUUUUGUCGGCUCACCUUUCAACUUCCGUUGAACUCUCCUCUUCGUCUCGCUCUCUCUCUCGCUCCCGCCCAAAGAGAAAACUUUCGAGAUGGCGACCGGAUUAGAUAAGUCUCUGGACGACAUGAUCGCCAAGAACCGCAAGUCUCGUGGAUCCGGAUCCCAACCGGGUCCGACCCGCCGCAACAACACUAAUCGUAAAUCCAACCGAUCUGCUCCGUACCAAUCAGCCAAGGCGCCGGAGUCCACCUGGGAACACGAAGCUUUCCCUUCCCGGUCAACCCGUUCUUCCGCCGGAAUCGAAACCGGGACGAAGCUCUACGUCUCCAAUUUGGAUUACGGGGUCAUGAACGAUGACAUCAAGGAACUGUUUUCUGAGGUUGGGGAACUUAAACGCUACACAGUACACUUUGACAGGAGUGGAAGAUCAAAGGGAACUGCUGAAGUAGUAUACUCUAGGCGUGGUGAUGCAAUAGCAGCUGUGAAAAAGUACAAUGAUGUUCAGCUGGAUGGGAAACCCAUGAAGAUAGAGAUCGUGGGCUCCAAUCUUCAGACCCACUCUGCUAGACCAGGGAAUGCAACUUUCAAUAGUGGUUCAAGGCGCAGAGGAGGACAAGGGAGAGGUGGUCAACAACAACGUGGUGGUGGUCGUGGCAGGCGUCCUGGCAAGGGUCCAGCAGAGAAGGUAUCUGCUGAAGAUCUUGAUGCGGAUCUUGAUAAGUACCACGCAGCAGAUAUGGAGACCAACUGAGGCUGCUCUUCUCAAACCGCGAGUGGGAUGAUUGAGAAAGAGAAGAUAGAAAACUUUUUGCCUGCUGAUUAGCCCUCCAUGGCUGUGUGUUGUUGAUUUGUUUUUCUUACAAGUGACCCCUUUAGAUUUGCGAAUCUGUGUUUAGACUUUGUUAUUGUUGUCUUAACAAAUAGGCUCAACACGUCGCCGUUUACAUAAUAUGGGCUGUCAAAUUUUAUUUUAUUUUAUUUUUUAA